AUCGCAAACUGAACCGAAGAUGGAAAGACGAAGAAACGUUCCAAAUCGGAAGCGACUGGUCAAACCUCACCAUGCGAAACCGUGAUGAAAUUACGGGAAAGUGAGUCAAAAACGUGUCAAAUGCCUUUCUCCCCAUCGUAACCCAAUAAUCCCUCACUCAGUCGUGAUAAUUCCAUUUCCAAGCGCGCAGUGUCUUAUUAUACCCCCAAAAGUGUUCGUAAAACCGGAUAGAAAGUGUCCCAAAGCAUCUCCACUAGCUUUUCCCCCAGCGCUGAUGGUGUUUACCAUGUGAAAUAAACAAAUAAUUAAUUUUAAACCCCGUAAUAAGCGCCUAGACAAUCCUAAUCAGUGAAUGAAUACCAUUACAUGAUGGAGGAAAUCAUCCCCGAGGUGAUAGUGCCCCCGACUGCAGUGAAAGAGGAGCCAAUUGAACCUCCAAAUGAUGCUCAACAGUUGCAGAUGCAAAUAACAACGAACAACGAUGAUGCCGAGGGUAGUAGAUGUACUCCCGAGAGUCGUGAGAACGAAGUGAGAUAUUUUCUGUCAAAAUGUGUCUUUUGUAAUAAAUCCUUUACCUACGAGGACGAGGCUAAAUUACUGGAGUGUCUUCACGCUGCGUGUAGUAGUUGUAUUAGUGCCAAAUUGAGUGAUCACAAUGUAUACGUUGAUUCCGAAGUUGUCUUGGAGGGUAGCAUCGUGUGUCCAACAUGUAAUGUCGCGAGUCAGGGUGAAAAUCUCAUAGAGAAUCGUUUUCACACUAAAUUCAUGGACGACGAGCUGAAUCUGACAUCCGAUGAGGACGCCAAUAAAGAUGACGAGGAGGAGAAAAAGUGCACUAGCUGCCAUGACAAUGCAACAGCAACAAGUUGGUGCGUCGAUUGCGAGGAGUUUAUCUGUCAGAACUGUGUCAUGGCACACCAGAGGUUGAAAAUAACAAAGGAUCACACAAUUAAACCGAAGGAGCAGUUCUCCAGGGAUGGCGAGAGUAUCAAGAAGAGUAGUAAAAAAACUCCCAGCUAUUUAUUUUGCUCGGUACACCCACACGAGCAGUUGUCCCUUUUCUGCCAGACCUGCGAUCGCCUGACGUGUCGUGACUGUCAGUUAACUGAGCACAGGGAUCACAGGUACAAAUUCAUUCAUGAAAUUGCUGCUGAAACGAAAUCAUCGGUACAAACACUCCUUAAAGAGGUGACGUACAAACGUGUCUUGUUGAAGAGUGCAAUGAAAGUGAUUGAGGAUCGUCAGGUACUCAUUGUGGAGAAGAAGAAGAACCUUGUGCAAGACAUAACACAAAUGGUGGUGCAGAUGACGAAUGCGAUAAACACGAGGGGAAAACAACUGGUGCUGCGCCUGAACGAGGUAUGCGAUCAAAAGCAGAAUACAUUGAAUGAGAAACGAAUAGCACUCGAUCAAUUGUCAAAGUUAACUGAUCACUGCAUUCAGUUUGUGACAUACGCCCUGGAGAAGGGCUCCGACAUGGAUUUUCUGUAUUCGAAGAAAUCGGUGACCGGACAUCUCCAAAGAAUAAAGAAUAGACGAGCUGAUAUUCCAAACCCAGAGAUUCCAGUGAGAAUUCACCUGUUCAUGGACAAGGUUCCAGACCUGAUAAAGGUGGUAUCGUCGAUAGGCUCGAUAUUAGUGGAUGGGAGAGUCUUUCCUUCGCAGUCACCCUCAUCGGGUACCAGCACCCCCACGACACUUCCCCCUGAUCUCCAAACAGAACGAAAGCAAACACCUCCAGUAAAUGCCCCAGCUGAGAGUCCAACAGUUCCACUGCUACCCCAUCAACCAAUUUCAACGCAAACAACGACAUUUACCUCAGUGCCUAUGUCCUUCAACCCACAACCACCACUGGUGAAUCAGCCUCCACCGCCCCCGCCAUCACAGCCACCGGUAGCACCUCAACACUAUCCCCCUCAGUAUUCCAUGCACACACUACCUCCAAGAUCGUCUCCACAGUCGCAGCCCCCAAGAUUGCCAUACAACGUGAGCUACAACGGGGCGAUUCGCCACCAGCUGAUGAUGCCCCAACGUCCACUGGGUAAUUGUCACCAGCAGGUCACCUCCUCCACGCACCCCCAGCAAGUACAGUUCGAUCAGAUGGGGCAGAAUGCCAAUCUCAGAGGACUGUUGGCGCCAUUUCAACGAGCCAUGCCCAAUAUGGCUUACAGACUACCCCCUGGCUAUCGAUACCCAGCUAACAAUGGACAGAGAGCGUUGGCACCGGCUACUCACACCUAUCAGCCGACAAAUCCAACUCUGGUGUCCGGGGGACGUGUCCAGCAGCUCAACCCAGCUCCCGGCAGCCAGAUGAAUCCAUACCCUGGCUAUCAGCAGGCAGCUCGCUGGCACAUUCCCCAGUCUGUAAAUCCUCCUGUGAAUUUUUACCACCAGAGGCCGAUGACACAAGUCCACAUACCUCCAUCGACUCUUCCCAACGAUGCCUACAAAAUAAUUCUCAAGUCUCAACAGAACAACAAUACCAUCAGUAACAACAAUAACAUGAGCAACAGCAGUAGCAUGAGUAAUUCAACGGGAGUUCAUCAGAAAACCACAAGUGGUAGUGCCAGUGGCGAGGCACCACAGGUCUCCACUCCUGGACAGACUGUGACAUCGUCAGUCCCCAAGACACCCAGCCCAGUGCCCGGUAAGCCUGAUGAGACUGAAAAGAGUCUUGACAAAUUCUGUCAAAAGUCCCUCAACGAUUUGAUGCUGACUAUUGCCAAACUCGAUUCCAAUGGAAUUGUUGUGAUCCCCGAAGCCCAGAAAAAUCAAUUGGACUCGUCACAAGUCGAUAGCUCUACAGACGAGGGGGGAAACAUCGGGGAGAAUGUCGAUGGAAGUGCUAAGGAGAUCGCCGCCUCCAUGACCAAGGACGAUCCUAAUGAGGACUGGUGUGCUGUCUGUAUGGAUGGAGGCGAUGCUGUCUUAUGUUGCGACAAGUGUCCCAAGGUCUUUCAUCUUUACUGCCAUGUACCAGCACUGAAAACCUUUCCGGACGAGAGUGAAACGUGGCAGUGCAUGCUCUGUACCAAUGUCCUGGAUACAUCUGAGGAUCCACCCUCUGACAAACGUCCUCACUCUAUGAGCCCUAAAGAAUUGAGAAUUGCUCAGAGAAUCGUGUUGGAGCUUUACUGCCAGUACGAGCAGAGUCUUCCGUUUCGGGAAAUUGUGUCUCCAGAGAUUGUAGAGUACCACCGGAUUAUCAAAAAGCCAAUGGCUCUGGAUGUCAUCAGAGAGAAGUUGAAAUCCGAUAACUCGAAUCAUUACAGCGAUUUGCGACAAGUCUUUGCUGACAUUAGACUGAUGUUCAAAAAUGCAUUUUCCUACAAUCCUGUUGAUUCCCAAGUUUACCAAGAAGCUCGUAACCUCGAGGAAUUUUUCGAAAAAUUACUACUGAAGUGGGCGCCGAAUUACGCUUACGAUGAUCCAUUCUUAACGACAGAUGCCGACGAAGACGAGGAGGUGUUUCCUCCCAACCGGAAAUAUCGUAGAAUAAUUAACGAUUGACACCUAUGACAUUUUUUUUAACGCGAAAUUAUUUUUUGGGUUAGCUAUAGAGAAUUAAGCAAAAUACCAAGAGAUCGAUUUGUUCAUUGAGGAUGAGAAUCGGUUUAUCCACCAAUAUCAUUGUUAGUUCUCCCUUGUUAGUCGUUAAAAGUUAUCAAAAUAUUUUAUAACCGUGAAUCACAACGUGAGAUCUGAAGGAGGUAAUGAUCGGAGUAUCAUUUGUUGUCCGCAAUCAUGACGAUAGACGGUCUUGAAUGACAAAUCAUGGAUGAAUGUAUACGUAAAGUGCAUCAUGCCCUACCCAUAUAUAUUUUUAUUCUUCAAACGAUUUACUGUUAAUCGUCAAUUAUCGCAAUUCGUUGAUCACGUGCAAGCAUCAUUUAAACAACAUAUUCAUCUAUACUGUGGAAUUGAUAUCCUCAUUUAGUUUAGACUGAUAAUUUAUUUCUCUCGCCGACAUAAGAAAAAAUUUAUAAACAUUUUUUAUUGAAACCGUCAUUUUACCGAGCAACUGCUAGGUAGAGUAUUGUAAAUUCUAUUGACGGAAAAAAUGUUCAGCGAUUCAGUUGACAGUCAAUUGUUACUAUAGAAAUAAAAUCUUGAAUUUUCGGUA